CAAAAAUGCCUUUCGAGCAAACCUUGCACUGGUGACAUUGAAGCGCAUUUUUGACCAGUUUGACGGAAGAACUUUCCACACAAUCUUCAAUAGUUUCAUCCGUCCCCAUUUAGAGUACGGAAACAUAGUACUCCCCCCUCACUCCAAAAGGACAAGGUCACUUUGGAGCGUAUCCAGCGGCGAGCCACGAAAUCAGUUCGAGGACUCAAAUCUAAGCCUUACGAAGAACGCCUCCGUUCACUAGACCUUUACCCAUUAGAAUAUAGGCGUCUUAGAGGUGAUUUAUUAAUGGCCUAUAGUAUUCUUAACACUUCUGGACAUCCUCUUAAACACCUACUUAAGCUUAGUUCGAAUAACAACCUAAGGGGUAACACCCAGAAACUGGAAACACAACAUAGCAAGACGGAAUGUAGACACAAUUUCUACUCCUUAAGAGUUGUCAAAAGCUGGAAUUCGCUGCCAGCCGAGCUAGUCCAAGCGACUUCUCAGGAGUCCUUCAAGAGGCAACUUGACCUAUUCUUAAGGACCAAGAACAGCAUCACAUUAUGAUUUACCAAUCUCUUUUCCUCUUUUAUUGUUAACAUACCUAGGUUCCUGUCUGGAGGAUUUGGUGAUCCCCUGCUACUAGACACGGAAGCCUGUUAAGCGAAAGCUUCUUCUAUUCCGUCCACAACCAUUUGAACCAUUUGAACCAUUUGGGAUCGUGAGUGGAGGUUGCGGAGCUUUUGAAUGUCAGUGCUAUUGCACUAACAAAUGUAAUUAUUAAGUUUAACAUAAAAUUAACAUGUCAGACCCAGGUCAUAGCAUCAAUGUGAUUUUUGGGGGUCAAAAGCAUUUGGUCCCUUUACCAUUGAAUAGCGAUGCAACAUUACUGGACUUAAUGAAGUCAAUAGACUCUAUUUUACACAUUCCAUUUGAUAAACAAAGAAUAAUAUACAAAGGAAGAUCUCUUACUGACCCUGAUGCAUUAAUUUCUUCAUCCGGUCUCAUUCCUGGGUCUAGAGUUAUGAUUCUUGGUUCAGUUGAUAAACUUAAUCCAGAUGAGGCCGUAAAACUUGUCAAGGCAAAAGACACAUCUGAUGCAGUCGAUUUACAACUAAAAGACCUCUCAAACAAGCUAGAUACUAUUUUAUCUCAAAGUAAUUUUGAUAGUUUAGAGGUAACUGCACACGUAAAGUCUACAAUUGACAUUAUGGAGCAGUGCAUGCGUACUCUUGAGCUUCUGGACUCUGUUCGGUUGCCAUACAAUUGCGAAAGUGAACGCGCUUGUCGUAAGAGGCUAGUAGACACAAUACAAGAGUUUCUUGUACAGGCGGACAAGUUGAGAGCUGAAUUUUUAAAGCUUAUCAAAACAUAACACUGAUAUUUUCUGUGUUAAUACUUCUGUAACAUAGUGUUUACUACAGUACUACUUUUGUCAGUAACUUAAAAAAUAACAUU